UGUGACUUAAAAUGAAAAUGAAAAUUGUGAAUACUGAUUGUCUUGGGCUCUGCAAUCAUGUGCUUCCUAUAAAUAACUGAUAUGUGGGGUGUAGUUUUUUUUUUUUGAAGUAAAGGUGGGGUGUACCUGAGUGUGGAGUUUUAUAGUUGGUCCUUCUGAAUUCAACUGAUUUUUUUCUUUCACUUUGGUGUAGUCCGUAGUGUACUCAAAGUUCUGGAUAUAGUGAUUAGGAUUGUCGCCUGCCACUGAUAAUGUAUGUUAAACUCUCAUAUUAUAUUGGAAAGAAGUAUGUUAUUCUCUUUUUCUACCCUCUGGAUUUCACAUUUGUUUGUCCCACAGAGAUCACUGCAUUCAACAACCGCUCUGCAGAGUUUGAGAAGUUAAACACAGAACUGUUGGGUGUUUUCAUCGACAGCGUGUUCUCCCACCUUGCAUGGAUCCAAACAGACAGAAAGUCUGGGGGGCUUGGUGAUCUGAAGUAUCCAUUGGUUUCUGAUGUGACAAAAUCAAUCUCAAAAUCUUAUGGCGUACUGAUUCCGGAUCUGGGAAUCUCAUUGAGGGGGCUUUUUGUUAGUGACAAGGAAGGAAUUAUUCUGCACUCCACCGUUAACAAUCUUGCAAUUGGGUGGAGUGUGGACGAGACAAUGAGAACACUCCUGGCAUUGCAAUACGUGCAGGAGAAUUCAGGGGAAAAACUCUUUUCUCCAUCCAAACAUGUAGAAACCCCCAACACCAUGCAAUACACCCUCCAUCUCUCCCCCGCCAUCACCACCCCCACCACCAAUUCCCUCCCCAGACCCAACAAGUUUCCCUCCAACACCCCCAACUUUCCCUCCCUUUCCUGCCGCAGAAACCUCCACUUUCCCUCCCUUUCCUCUACCAAAACCUUCAUUUCCCUCCCUCCAAAGCCCCCCAAACCCCCAGAAAUUCCCUUAUCUCCUCCCCCAAACCCCCUCUCCAGCUUCCAAGAGGAAAUUCUCUACCUCGACUCUAUCGGCAUUGACUUCUUCUCUCUCCUGUCCGCUCACCCCCCAAUCAUCUCUGCCUCGGCCACUGACUUGAAAUCUGUUGUUGAAUUCCUUCAAUCCACCGCCGGCCUCACUACCGCUGACGUCUGCCGCGUGGUCGGCAUGUGCCCUGAGGUUCUAACCUCCAAGAUCUCCGCCCUCGUUGCCGUCUUUACCUUCCUCCUCCGCGAGGCCGGCAUCGAGGGUUCCGAUCUCCGUCGUGUCAUCCACCGCCGUCCGCGGCUCCUCGCCUGCAGCGUUGAGACCCGCCUCCGCCCCACCCUCUACUUCCUCCAGAGCAUUGGCAUAACCUCCAUUAAGCAAUACACCUCUCUCCUCUCCUGCUCCGUGGAGCAGAAAUUCGUCCCCAGAAUCGAAUACUUCCAGAAAAUUGGGUUCUCGCAACGAGACACGAUGGCAAUCUUUCGUAGAUUCCCUCCUUUGUUUUGUUAUAGCAUCAAGGACAACUUCGAGCCCAAGUUCGAUUACUUUGUGAUGGAAAUGAGGAGAGAAUUGAAAGAACUGAAGGAAUUUCCACAGUACUUUUCUUAUAGUUUGGAAAAUAGGAUUAAGCCAAGGCAUAGGCGUUGUGUGGAGAAGGGCGUUUCUCUAGCACUCCCUGUGAUGUUCAAGACCAGCGAGGAGAGGUUUGAGGGUAGAUUGGAGAUGUUUUUUAAUUCAUCAAUUCCAGUGAGAACUUCUCCUUUGUGGUGUGCAACUUAUGAUGAGAAUGUAUUAUAGGUAAUCACUAAUUUAUUUUCACAAAA